UCGAAACGAGUGGAGUUUUGUUUAUCUCUCGUGCUGUCUCCGUUAUCAACAGUGCCUGGGAACACGAACCGAAUCAAGGAACUUGAUGCCCGAGAUUUCUGGUCGUCGGCCGAUGUGUCACUUUGUAGUAUUGCCAUGAAGGAAGAACCUAUGAACUCCUCCUCGCCGGACGACGAGGCACCCAAAUGCUUCACAGCUGCGAAAGUACGCAGCAAGUGUGCUGCUAAAUUACCGGUCUCGGAAGUGACAGAAACUCCGAUGUUUGAGUUUGUGGCUGUCAAACAGGAAUGGGUCGAAGAUGAUGUGAAGAAUGAUGACUGUAAUGAAGCUCAGGAGCCUGAGAACGCAGUUGUAGAGGAAGAUGGGAUUCACGUCAAAACACAGUCAUCUGAAUGGCGCAUAUUGAAGGAACCUGAAUCGGCAGAUACAGCAGUGGGCAAUGCAAGGUUUAUCCCACAAGGCCAGGGUGGUUGUACUAUUCACAAAUGUGCCACCAUAAGCACCAGAACAGACGAGAUACAGUGUAGUGACAGUAAUCGCAGUGGCAGCCGGAAAGAAUGUGACAGGAAUGAAAGCAAUACGCACCUACUCUCAGGCCAGGUGAUGGGCUUUGAGAGGCAGAGGAAGCUCGGGACCCAUAAAGACAGCUAUUCCGCUACAAGUACUGUGUUGAGCGACAGAUCCUGCAAGGAUGCCUCGGACGCAAAUUCGAACUGCUACCAAGUAAAAGACAGUUGCGAGAGGCUCUCCCCGCCGACGAACGGCAGUGUCGUCGGGCAGCCGUCACUUCUACCUGACGGAGGUGACACCUACACGUGCGACGUCUGCCGGGAAGUGUUUGUCGACAAGAGGGUCUUGAGGACCCACGUGCAGCAGCACCUGCUGAAAUGCGACAUCUGCCACAAGACCUGGAACGAUGCCAACAGCCUCGAGUUGCACUACCGGACACACACGGGCGAGCGGCCCUACUGCUGUGACACUUGCGGCCAGAAGUUCUCGCGCAGAGAUCAUCUGAGGCUGCACAGGCUGCAGCACACGGGUGUGCGUCCCUACCGCUGCGAUACCUGCGGCAAGGCGUUCUUGCGCAGCAACGGUCUGAGGCAGCACUCGCUGCAGCACACGGGUGAGCGGCCGCACGAGUGCGGCGUCUGCCACAAGCGGUUCACCUACGGCAGCAACCUGGCGCAGCACAUGCGCGUCCACACUGGAAAGCGACCCUACUGCUGUGACACUUGCGGCCAGACAUUCUCGCACAGUGGUCAGCUGAGGCUGCACUCGCUGCAGCACACGGACGAGCGUCCCUUCCGCUGCGAUACGUGCGGCAAGGCGUUCUCGCGCAGCAAUAAUCUGAGGCAGCACUUGCUGCAGCACACGGGUGAGCGGCCCCACGAGUGCGGCGUCUGCCACAAGCGGUUCACCAACGGCAGCAACCUGGCGCAGCACUCGCGCGUCCACACGGGUGAGCGGCCCUACCGCUGCGACUACUGUAGCAAGUCGUUCACACAGAACAGGAACUUCAAGGUACACCUCCGUAUGCACACGGGUGAGCGGCCGUACCGCUGCGACACCUGCGGAAAGUCAUUUACGCGAAGUAGAAGUGUGAAAGUGCACCACCGCCCGCACACGGGUGAGUGGCUGUACGCCUGCAAUGCGUGUGGCAAGGCGUUCGUCAGUGGCGAUACCUCGCAAAAACCUGGGCGCGUCCUAAUGCGAGAGGAGUCCUGAGACUGCACCGCCUUUGAGGAGCGCUUUGCACGCAGGACCAGUCUGAACCGGCAUUUGUGCCUCCGUACUAUCAGAAAUACCACCAAAGAUGUUGUGCCGACAGAGUGAAGAUGAGUUUUUAUAAACUUGCUGUGCACCUUACAAUUUCACACUGAAACAUCCCCAUUCUAAUCAUUACUGUUGUAAGAGGAGUCCCACAAUAAAUUCAAAUCACACCACAUUAAUUAUUUGCAAGUGCUUCAGGAAGAAUGUGAAGCUUAUUUGCAGGUUUAAAUUUUUUUAGACCGUAAUGUGACACAUUGUACUUAAUUUCGUACGUUCAGUCCUCUUAUAAUAUUAGUGGUCUGAUCUGCUUACUACUGAAAACAAAAGUAAAGAGUACUUUUUAUUUUGAAUAUUACAGCAUCUAAUUUUGUUUUGUAUGACUGGUUAAUUGUUAAAUAAAACUCAAAUAGCACUUUAAAAUUCAUUUCCACAUUUAUUGCUUUAAACUUCCACAAAACCCUAUUCACGUAGUGUUCUUUCGUAACUACUUGAACUGAACUGCCAGUACUUUUACUGGCCUGCAGUGUACCCUGGUGGCAGGUAUGUACAGUUUACUUGUUCGACAGAGGCAACCACCUAAGUGUAAAUUUAGUUUGAACGAUAUAAACCAGUACAUUCAUUAUAGACUGUAAAAUUUUUAUUGAUUUACAAUUAAAUCAUUGUGGUGCCCAUGACAAAAUAUAAAUUCAACUUCUGUACUUAAAUUUAAUACAUGUUCCUUCUUUUAAAUAAAAAUUUACAUCACAA